AUGAACUACAAGAUAGCUUCACCUGCCUGUGAUAGAGAUGCCUCCCUCACAGAUGCGCUGAAUGACUUCUAUUCAUGGUUUGAGGUGCAGAUCCCUACUCCCACCCCCCACCAAGCAGGGUGCUCAGGGAACCCUGAGCAGGUUCCUACCUGCCUCAAGACAACCACCAUCAGCCCCAUUCCAAAGAAGUCUACAGUGUCCUGCCUCAAUGACUAUCAUCCCAUCGCCACACCCAUUGUAAUGAAGUGCAGAGAGUGUCUUCCUGAGGAUUGGUUCUGUGGGGACUGUGAUGUAUUGCAUCACAAAAAACAGCCACUCCACAACAGGGAAAGUGUGAUUCAUGGGCUUUUUGAAGCCAUUCCUCCAACCUCAUGCAUCGUUAAAGGAGAAGGUGGAUAUUGCACCCAUGAGCAAGCUUGCAUUUUGCCAACUGUGAAGGUGCCAGACUGCUCCUGUGAAGGCACAAACUUCACUGUAUUACCAGGCAAACCGGUGAUUUUGAUUACCAUCAAUGGGCGUUUUGACUUGCAUCAGCCACUAUAUGAAUGCCAAACAUGCCAGCAGCAGUGGACUCCUGAUUCAAAGGACCUCCUUAGGAGUGGAUAUUGUCCAGCCUCUGUCAGCAAUUCAACGCUGUAUACACUGGUCCUCCUGAGCUCCUUUCAGGAGCUCAAGGUCAUCGCUCCAGGAUUCUCCAGACAAGCCUUUGCAAAGCUGUUGGAGCAUCGGACUAAGUGUGGAGGAAGAAAUGGACAUAUCAACGGUGAUGCACUGCAGCGGAGCUUUUUGGAGUUUUUCUACGCUUCUUUUGAAGAAGACCAGCUCUGCUGUAGUGCACCUUUCACCUGCCCAGCCUGCACGCCGGAAAUGUUGGCUGUUUCUGCCGAUGGGAACAGAAAGCUAUAUCGCUUUCACCGAAACACAAGCUCUGAUGAUCCUAGUUUUUUUGAAGGGCUCUUUGUGGCUGAAGACAGUGUGGUGUCUACAUUUGUCGACACCAUACAGAAAGCAGUGAGAAAUACACAGGGAAGAGGCACAUGUGGGGACUCCCAGUGGACAGCAGCGAGGGAGACGUCAAGGAAGGCUUCCAAAUUGGAUGAAGAGGGGAUGGAGGUUGCUGUGUGUCGCCAUGGGUUCCUUCUGAAGGCCCUUAAUAUUUACAGAGGGGAGAUUUUUGCCUACCCCCUGUAUCUUCAGAAGGAGCUCAUGCCAGCCAAGGCAAAAUUCUUUGCUAUGAUGUGGCUUGCAAAUAUUGGCCAUACUUGGAGAAAGCUGCUCGAGUCCUUCCUGCCCUUCAGGAGCUCACCGAAAUGAAACCCUUCCUCAGCAUAAUGCAUGCUCGAGCCCAUGCUACAAAGUGUGAGAUUAAAUGGAGUGGUAGGAACCAGGAAGGAGCAGGAACAACAGCCGGAGAGGAGGUGGAGCAAGUGAACAGCUACCUGUCAUGUUGUGCCCUGACUACCA